GCCAUUGACCCCCAACUCAGCUCGGUGCGCUAUCAAUCCUUUGAUAGCGCACUAGACCUGGUCAGGAGGGCGGGUCAUGGUGCUCUAUUGGCGAAACUAGACAUUGAGUCGGCAUUUAGGCUUCUUCCACUCCACCCCUCAGUUUUCCAUCUAAUGGGUUGUAAGUUUGCAGGUGUGUACUACGUGGAUCGCUGCCUGCCCAUGGGCUGCUCUUUGUCAUGCGCCUUGUUUGAAGCGUUCAGUAGUUUCCUUCAUUGGGUCGUAGCUUCAGAAGUGGGCAGCGAUCCCAUAGCACACUACCUGGACGAUUUUCUCAUUGUAGGGAGAGCAGGCUCCGAUGAUUGUUUAUCCACAAUGAACAUCAUGCGCAGCGUCAUGAGACAUUUCGGGGUGCCCCUGGCAGAGGACAAAACGCAAGGCCCCGCGUCCUGUUUAGUUUUCCUGGGAAUCGAAAUCGACACCCAGGCUCGGCUCUGUAGGUUGCCACCUGAUAAAGUUCAGGGCAUGCUUGAGGCGGUCAGAGCGGCAGUCUCUAAUGCAGUUAUUUCCCUGAAACAGUUACAAUCCCUGUUAGGUUUGCUUAAUUUCGCUUGCAGAGUUAUCCCCAUGGGUCGGGUUUUUAACCGUAGACUGGAAAGACAGCUUAGUGGUAGGUCAAACCCGAAAUCAAAGAUAACCCUAGGGAGUGAAUUGCUGGCUGACCUAGUAGUCUGGGAACAGUUUCUCACGCGAUUUAACGGGAUUCGGGUCUGGCGUACCCCUCCCAUGUCUAGCCAGUUACUGCACCUUUUCACUGACGCAGCUGGAUCGCACGGUUACGGGGCCUAUUUCCAGGGAGAGUGGAGCGCGGAGCCCUGGCCGGAGUCCUGGGCCCCGGCGGGCCUUACUCGAAACCUGACUCUCCUGGAGCUAUUCCCCGUGGUCUUGGCGGUCGAGCUGUGGGGUGGGAAGUUGUCAAACAGGACUGUUGUGUUCUGGACAGACAACAUCAGUGUGGUUUUUGCGAUCAAUAACUUGUCAGCCACCUCAGCAAAGGUCAUUACCUUGCUGCGCCACCUGGUGUUGCGCUGUCUGGACCUUAACAUCCAGUUCCAGGCCCGUCAUGUCCCGGGCGUUAACAAUGUUGUAGCUGACGCCCUGUCACGAUUCGAAUGGGUGACAUUUCGCAAGUUAGCCCCCACAGCUGCAGCCGUGGGUUUACGCUGUCCUGAUUUCCUUUGGCAGCUCGUCCUUCCUGGAUAGCCUUACUGCCGUUGGUCCGCUCCUCCUUAGCACCAUCCACUUGGCACGCCUAUGCCCGCAUGUGGUCUGAAUGGGACAAUUUCUGUGCGUCCAGGGGAGCCGACGCUGCUCAGGGGUCUAGGGACAACUUACAUGAUUGGCUGGCACUACCCCCGGGGUGAAGCGAAUCUGGAUUGUGGGCCACUCCUUUGUCCACUGGGCCUCCCUACUCUGUGCGUCCCUCCCAUUUGGCCAAUCCCUAGGUCUCCCUCCCAACAAGGCAUCCGUUAGGUGGUUGGGUGAUAGGGGGAUGUGCUGGCCCCAAUUAGCAGGAACCAUAUCUGAGGCCCUGGUACGCUGGGGGAAGCCUCACAUUAUUAUUCUUCACCUAGGGGGUAACGAUGUGGGGGCCAUACCAGUUUUACAGUUGAUUAAGGUUAUGCAGGCAGACAUUGGGUGGCUAAGAGUACGCAUCCCGGGGGUCAUGAUAGGGUGGUCCCAUAUAAUACCCCGUCUCCACUGGAGGCAUAUGUCGGCCCAUACGGCGGCAUACCGGGUUAGGAAGAAGAUCAAUGCGUCUGUAGCGAAAACCGUCACUGGGUCAGGUGGCUUCGUGGUACGGCACGAAGCCAUUUCGGCUGAUAGAACCGAGCUAUAUAGAAGGGAUAAAGUUCACCUUUCAGAUGUGGGGCUGGAUUUAUUCAUAGGGGACAUUCAGAGAGCUCUGUUACCCCUCCUGUAAAUCGGGUCGUGGGUUGGCGGCAAGGGUACCAUUAAAAUGCUUCCUUGUGGCGGGAGAUCCUCGGUCCGGUUGCGCAGGAGAAGGUCGCUAGGGGUGAGUGAUGGCCAGACUUCCGGGGAGGGGGGUAGGCCCUCACGUGCACGUGACGGUAACCCUCCUUCCUCCCUUUUUGAGGGAUGGUCACGUGAUCUCUGCAACCCCUCAGCGUCAUCUCCUUAGGGCAGAGACCCCUCUGCUGCUGUUCCCGUUGGGCCGGUGAUCUCCUGCUGUUCUGGGUAGCUGAUCUCU